AUGAGUCGAUGCCCCAAAGUUCGGGGCAAGUCAAGACUACCAAACAGCUCUCGGGACUCCGGGUACCUUUCUGACGACUCGCCCGAAGACUAUGUUUGGAAUAUUGAGAAUGAGACACCGCCCAGGAGGGGACGCCUUCUGGAUCGCACCAACUAUCACCUGUCUGUAGACGGCUCAGCAGCUGGAGACAGAGGUUCGGAAGAUGACAAGAGCACGCACUUGUCACCGUCAACUAUACGACGACCGAAGUUGGGCUCUGUGUCUCCCAAUCACCCGAGCUCGCCUUCAGUAACGCCCUCCAAAAGGCCACGGGUUUGUAACAGCUCAUCGCCCCGCAGCGUUGGCUCUCUGCACAGUCCGGACCGUUUCGUUCCUCGCCGAGACCCUGCCACGCCCUCCUCCGAAAAGAUCCGGGUCACCAAAGAUCUCGACUCUUUUUCGCCAACAGAGAGAUUGUUGAGGCAUCAAAGUGCCACGUCGGAUCCUUUCCAGAGGCCACAACAACGUGUUGUUGCUUUAGCAUCCAACUUUCGAUCCAUAUCAAACUCGAUCUACCCAAUUCCCACGGCUCUGUCUGUCAUUUCACAGAGCCAAAACCAGAGGCCGGAUGGCCACGGUACAGUCUGGACCGUUGGCGGUCCGGCCCCUCCUCCUGGAACCGCCGUAGAUGAUGGCCGUGGUCACUAUCUUGAGAGUGGCACGAACGCGCGGUUGUUCACUACCAAUUUCGCCACUUCUCGUGUCAAACGAAGAGAGGACUAUGAGCGAAACCAAGGGAUCGUCGCCGAUGCUUUGCAAAUCAACCAAGUUGAGAGACUGCUCGAUUUUGAGCAUCCGGUCCCCUCGCUGAGUCGAACAUUGACACAAAAGAGCCAGCAAGCACAGCUAGAUUCAAGAACGCACUGGACCGGAACAAAAUGGUUACACGGCCAGUGCAGCACAAUCUACCCACCGCGUCUUACAAAGUACUUGACGCACCUGGGCUCCGAGAUGACUACUACUGCUCCGUGCUGGCGUACUCACCAACUUGCGGUUCUCUGGCUGUCGGGUUAG